AUAUAAUCAUCGUAGUAUACGUGCAGCAGCCAGUUGUAAAGUAUCACGCGUGUUGAGUACAUGUCAUUGCCAACCAGAUCUAUUAACUGGUUAAAUAUGUUCAAUUAGACAGAAGUUUUAACGGCCACUAUCAAAGCUGGUACAAUAAUGUAAUUAGUACUCUUCUUCUUGCGUUAUUACUUUAACGAUCAAGUGUGGAAAUCGUUUCAUCAAUCCAAGACAAAAACUGCCGACAACUAGAACUUAAUCAGGGAAGAAUCCAACUGAUCUGAAGAUUCUUGUCGCAAUGGAGCCGUCCACUAUGCUUCUGACCAUUCUGACAGCGAGUAUUUGCUUAUAUUAUUUUAUUCUAAGCAAGUUAUCUUAUUUCGAGCGACUAAAGAUCCCAUAUGUGCGACCACUUCCAUUGCUCGGCAACAUGGCACCAUUUGUUUUUCGACGUAUGGCUCAUGUCGAAAAUGUACAAAGAAUGUACAAUCUCUUUCCGAACGCAAAAUACUUUGGCAUCUACGAUUUUGUAACGCCACUCUUCGUAAUCCGUGAUCCGGAUCUGAUUUCCACGAUUGCCAUAAAACAUUUCGACAAUUUCUGCGAUCAUCGUAACUUCGUGAACGAAACUCUGGAUCCGAUAGCCAGUAAAAAUCUGUUUGGCAUGCGAGGGGAUCACUGGCGCGAGAUGCGGAAGCUUCUUAGCCCUAGUUUUACAUCCAGCAAGAUGAAGAUGAUGUUCGAACUUAUGUGUCAGUGCGCUGAGAACUUCGUCAAUUAUGUGGUAACGCAAUCUGGAGAAACCGGCAAGACAUAUAAUAUGAAAGAUUUACUAAGCAGAUACUCCAACGAUACAGUGGCCACGUGUGCCUUCGGCAUCAGUGUGGAUUCUUUCAAGCAUCAGAACAACGAGUUCUUCUUGCUUGGCCAGAAGGCAAUGACUUUUGACACCGCACUUUCCUUCAAGUUCUUCAUGCAUAGAAACUUCCCGACACUUGCGAAACUCUUCAAACUCAGAAUGUUUGGCCCAAUAAUAGAGAAGUUCUUCUGCGAUAUCGUUUCCACAACAGUGAAGAUCAGGGAUGAACAAGGAAUUGUUCGUCCGGACAUGAUUCAGUUGAUGAUGGAGACUAGGAACAAAAAUACCGGACCUGAUUUCGACAUUAACGAAAUGACCGCUCAGGCAUUUGUUUUCUUUCUCGCCGGAUUUGAUACUGUUUCAGCAGCCAUGUGUUUUAUGACAAACGAACUCGGUAUCUAUCCCGAUAUUCAGAGCAAAUUAAGAGAGGAAAUUAACAAUGUUCUCAGACAGACCAAUGGUAAACCUACCUAUGAGGCCAUCAAUUCUAUGAAAUAUUUAGACGCUGUGGUCAAUGAAACUCUCAGAAUAUAUCCGAUAGCGUCUUUCCUUGACAGAGUAUGUGUUAAAGAGACCAAAUUGCCACCUGCGACUCCAGAUUGCGAACCGAUCACGCUGAAGCCUGGAGAUAGCGUAUGGUUUCCAACUUACUCUUUGCAUCGCGAUCCAAAGUACUAUCCGCAGCCAGAUAAGUUUGACCCAGAAAGAUUUCUCAAUGGUAAAGUGGACAAUUCGGUGUAUAUGCCAUUUGGUAUUGGACCCCGAAUUUGUAUAGGUAAUAGAUUUGCUCUAAUGGAAGCAAAAGUUAUGCUGUUCUACCUGCUUUCGCGUUGUGAUCUCGAGCCCGAUGUUAAAACCAGGAAUCCUAUGGUAUUGAGCAAGCAAAACUUCAUACUGACUCCCGAUACAGGCUUCUGGUUGAAGAUACGUGCAAGAAAAUCGAAGACUCCUGUUACACAAGUCUUAUCAAACGGACAGAAUUGAGGGACAGUAAUAAAAUUUAUUUACAGUUUGUCAAGUAUAGAAUUAUAUACUUAAACAAGAGAGUGAAAGUUGGACCCGCAAUAAAACUGAAGGCAGGAUGUAGGUAUAAUUAAUAAUUAUAUAUAUAAUUUUAAAAAUAAUAAUAAUAAAAAUAAAUUACAAGUACAGCUACAUCCUGCCUUAGACCCGUAUUAGCCGUUUUCUGUAUGUUGUUUAUAUGUAUACUUAAAAUUACUUUUUUAAAUUGUAGCAAGAAUUGAAUAUCUUCCUCAAUUAUUCACAUAAACAUUAUAAAUUUUAAAGAAAGCAAGAUAAAAAUUCAUCAACACGUAAUAUGUCCUUAUAAAACACAAGAAUUGUACUACUCAUAAGUAUAUACAUAUAAGUAUAUAUAAUAUCCUCAAUUAUGUACAUAAACAUUAGAAAUUUUAGGAAGCUAGUUUUUAAAUAUGUAUCCUUGCGCUUUUUUAAAGAAAGCAAGAUAAAAAUUUAUCAACACGUAAUGUGUUCUUGUAAAACACAACAAUUGUAAUACUUCUAUAAGUAUAUAAUAUCUUUCACGUUGUCUUUGUUUAUGUAUAAAUAAGUUCUCUAAUAAUCAAAAAGAAUAUCAUGAACAGUUUAUUAUUCAACUUCUUACAUGAUGUUACAAAUGAGUUUGAGAUAUGUACAUAUAUAAAGUAUUUGGAAAGAAUGACACUCGAUCUUUUUAAUUAAAUUUUAUCAUAAUUAAAUCUAAUUUUUAUCGCAAAAGUAAUUGCAUUAUAAAAAUCUUCUUAAAAUUAUAGAUGCUUUAGGGUUUAAGGACUCGUAGUUUGGCUUUUAAGCUGUACUAACAUAUACGCACGAGCUUAGCUCUUUCUUGAGGAUGAAACAGUUCUUAUCUGAGAGUUGAGUCUAUCAUUUGUGUACAAAUGUAUGGAGAGUAAGUGAAACGCGAGAAUAUCAGCGAGCGGAACAAUCUUGCAAUUUAAUGUAAAAAUAAAUUCUGUAUCUGCAAUAUAAUGUAAUAAUAAACAAUUUAAUAUAUUUAGACAUUAAAUUAAUUAAUUAACAAAGUACAAGCCAAAAAAUAUCUGAAAAGAAUCUUCAAUACUGUUUUUUUAUUUUGACUCUGUUUUUAUUUUAUUAUGUCUGAAUAAUCUUAUAACAUUUUUAACAAAUCCUAAUCCCAUUUUCAACAGUAUUCAUCGAUGAUAUAGGUGAAGUAAGAUCCGUAUACCUUUAGUCUUUUAAAACAAGUGACAAAUGACAAAUUUCAUAUCAACUUGCUAGAAGACUAAAACUAAUCUAAUAAUAGUUAUAUGCACUUGAAGUAAAAGUAUUCAAUGUAGAGUAGAAAAGAAGUUUUAUAUUUUUGUUAAGUCUUGUAUAUUUUUAGAUAACAUAUCAAAGUGAUAAGCUAUCACUUAUUGAUCGUGUAAACGUUUCUAAGCUGCUAAACAAAAAUCUAAAAAGUUAAUCGUAUCAGUAAUCAUAAUAAAGUACACUUCUUAUAGCAGAA